AACGCACCGCAGAAUCGCUUCACUUUCUGUUCAGAGCACAAUGGAUUUCAGAAUAUUGUUGUUCUGUGUGUUCGUCUGUGCCGCGAACGCUUACAGGGAUGCCUUCGACACGGAACUGUACGAGGGCGUGAUCGAUGACCAGCAAUGUACGCAACAGCUGGACUAUUUGGGCAACAAUUCUCUCGGACUGCGGUUCCUAGAUGCCAGCGCCAAAGUUCCAUCAGGAAUACUAUCUGGUAAUAUAAAUGAUCUCGGAGAUUAUUACCAAUGUCUCGCGAUCGACGAGACAGAAUCAGAAAUGGAAAUCAAAGGGAAAUACUGCACGGUAAUAAUGCAUUUGGACAAAAUACCAAUACAGAUUCCAGAAUGGCCCGAAUUCCCUGAUUUGAAUAUAACGUGGCCAGAGAAUAUAACUUGGCCCGAAGUACCAGAGUGGCCGUCACCUGAUGGUGAAGAUUUAGCGAAUUUAGAAGAAAUAAUGAAGUUGCAAAAGAUAUCGCGGAUGUUGGCCAGUGUCGACCAAGGACAGGAGGCGAAGAACAAUAAAGCUGAAUCAAGAAUAUUCCCCCUAUUGAUGGCUCAACUUGGAGGAACACUAGCAUUUUGCAUUCCAAAAGUGUGUCGAACAAGACAAGCCGUAGACUUCAUACAACAGAGGCUGAUAUUCUUAAACUUUACUUAUGAUGAAUACUAUUGCCGUCUACCAAAUGAUAAGCCCUUCUCACCAGCUGACUACACUGCUUUUGCAAUUUUUGGCGCCAUUGGAUGUUUGUUGAUCAUAAGCACCAUUUAUGAUCUCAUCUGUGUCUUCGGGUAUGAGAGGGCACCCAACCCCCUCUACUGCUGCUUCUCCGUUUACACCAACACUCGUCGUUUCCUCACCUUCAACUCGCCUCCUGGUGCGCUGGAGUGCGUGGACGGCAUCAGAGCUAUAUCUAUGGCAUGGGUCGUGGUUGGACACACGUUUGCAAUGACCUUGUUAGGAUUUCUACAUAACGCUCCUGACACACUGCUUUGGUUGCGUCAGUUCUCCAGCACCUGGGUGAAUUCUGCUCCAAUCACAGUCGACACUUUCUUCUUGCUCAGCGGCAUCCUUGUUGUUUACACCACCGUCGGGAAGAUCAGUAGAGGUCGUUUCAUUCGAAGCAUUCACCUCUUCUACAUGAACCGCCUGCUGCGGAUGUUCCCUCUCCUGGCCACCGUCGUUCUUCUCCAGGCUUCGUUCCUGAACCACGUGUCUGAUGGACCUUUCUGGCAGAACACGGCUCAGGCUGCAGAGAACUGCCGUCAAUAUUGGUGGUCGGCACUCUUGCACGUGCAAAAUUACGUCAAUACAUUGCAACUUUGCCUGGCCCAUACCUGGUAUCUAUCUGUGGACAUGCAACUAUACAUAGUGUGUCCUUUCAUCAUGGUUUGGAUGUUCGGGUCAAAAAGAUAUGCCUGGAUAGCUCUUACCUUCAUACUCCUACUGUCGCUCGUCUCCUCUUCUCUCUACAGUUUUAUUUACAACUUUUCCGCUGCUCUUGUACAUCCUGGCCGCAUCAUGGAAUUCAACGACUACAUUCGCUAUUACUACAUCAACACGUUAACCAGAGCCCCACCUUUCUUCAUCGGCAUGGUUUAUGGUUACAUGCUGCACUUGUGGAGGGACAAGAAGAUUAGGAUCGCCAAGAUAAACGUAAUUCUCCUCUGGGCUUUAUCCUUCGCGAUGAUGUUCUUCUGCAUCUUCACCAUCUACCCAGUCAUGCAGCUCGACCACGAUGCUCAGAUGUUCGACAAUUUCCUCAACGCCUACAUGAGAGCCAUCUGGGCCUGCGCGCUCGGGUGGCUUAUCUUUGCUUGUGUCCAGGGACAUGGAGGUCCAAUCAACUGGGUGUUAUCUCUGAAAAUGUGGAAACUACCAGCACGUCUGUCCUACGCCAUGUAUCUCAUCCAUCUCCCCCUCAUUAUGAUCGUGAACAGCAGUUGGCUGAAGACCCAUUACUUCACCAAUGGCGAAACGAUUUAUCGGUUCAUGGCGGAGUUCACGCUGACAUUCCUGGCCGCCUUCGUGUUGUGCAUCACCAUCGACGCGCCCUUCUCCACCAUACAGAAGUUCCUCACUGGAGGAGGAAAGAAAAGGCCUGCACCUGCUAAAGUUGAUUUAAGUCAAGCGAGAGUUGAGAGAGAACACGACAUUUACAAAACCUCACUAUAGUCAAGUCAACUAUAGUCACAAUUAAUUAUAGUCUAAGAAAUAGUUGAAUGUCGUCAACGUUAACCAAAUACUCGAAUCUGUUGUUUUAUAUUUUUAGAGAAGGUCUAAAAUAUAAAUAUAUACCUAUCUAGUAUUUAAUUUUAAUUAUUGUUUAUUUAUAAAAGUAAAUAGAUUAUUAAAUUAUUAAUAGUUACCUCCAACGUAAUUUGGUAGCAUAAGUAAGUUCUUAGUAUAAAAUGUUUUUAUUAAGUCUGCGAACUUGUGAAAUUAAUAUGAAUUUAAAGAAAAUUUGUGGGCAGUUAGAUAAAUGUCAGAUUGUUAUAUUUGUCACUGUACUUUUACUCAUACUAUUUAUUAUUUAAGACUGUGAUAAUUUUUAUUAAAUACAUUCUGUUUUCAUUCAUCAAUUCUACAAUUGUAAUUAAUUUAAACAUGAGUAUACAAUAAUUAAUAGUAUAUUACUUAUUAUUUGUGUGAUUGAAUAUAUGUUUAACUUUUUA